GACAUGCGUGGCCCACCUGGCCUCUCUCUCUAGUCUGUCCCUCGCUGCGCGGUCUGCGAAGUGCCAACUCCCAACUCCCUCCCGAGCCCCGACCACCCGGCGGCGCCGUCGCCGCCACCAACCUCUCGCCGCCUCCUGCAGCUGAGCGCUUACCCCAUAACAAGGCGCCGGCCUUGCUCGUCGCGAACUCGGCAAGCUGGUCUGGACAGCGAGCGAGCUGUAUGGGAGUCGAAGCGAGCCCGGAACCGGAAGAUAGUCUCGCGGCGAGGAGGAGGCGGAGGAGGAGCAAUGACCUGGGCGCGGACGCGGCUGUCCACGCGGCUCAUGAACGUCUGCCUCGCGGCGCUCUGCCGCGGCGGCGGCCUCGCCCGGGCGGAGUCCGUCCUCGUCGACGCCAUCCGCCUCGGCAUGCCCCCCGACGUCGUCACCUACAACACCCUCCUCGCCGCGCACUGCCGCGCCUCGGGCCUCGACGCGGGGUUCGCCGUCCUGCGCCGGAUGCGGGAGGCCGGGGUGAGCCCCGACGCCGUCACCUACAACUCCCUUAUCGCCGGCGCCGCGCGGAGGGGGCUCACGAUGCGCGCCCUCGACCUGUUCGACGAAAUGCUCCAGGCGGGGGUCGCCCCCGACGCCUGGAGCUACAACGCGCUCAUGCACUGCUUGUUCCGGUCUGGCCACCCGGAGGAUGCCUACCGGGUGUUUGCCGAUAUGGCCGAGAAGGGCGUCGCGCCGUGCGCCACCACCUACAACACACUCCUGGACGGGCUCUUCAGGUUCGGUCACGCGACGAACGCGUACAGGAUGUUCAGGUACCUGCAGAGGACGGGGCUCCCGGUGGGCAUUGUGACUUACAACACGAUGAUCAAUGGGCUGUGCAAGUCAGGCAAGGUGGGGUACGCCCGCAUGGUCCUCAGGGAGCUUGGGAGGACCGAGCAUGCCCCGAACGUCGUCACUUACACGACGGUCAUGAAGUGCUGCUUUAAGUACGGCAGGUUUGAUCAGGGGCUGGAGACCUUCUUGUCAUUGCUGGACGGAGGGUACAUUCCAGAUCUCUUCCCAUACUGCACGGUGAUUAGUGCGUUAGUCAAGAAGGGACGGAUGGAAGAAGCCAAUACCUACAGUGAGCUAAUGAUACGGAGUGGGUUCAGGCUUGACAGUGCAUGCUAUAAUACGCUGAUUUACCUGCGAUUCCAGGAAGGGAAGCUGGAUGACGCGUUUGAGCUGCUGAGUAUGAUGGAAGAGGGUGGUCUGGAGAGUGAUGAGUACACAUUCUCAAUUUUGGUCAAUGGUUUGUCCAAGAUGGGGCAUUUCGAGGCUGCACAUAAGCAGUUAUGUUACAUGGAGAUAAGGGACAUGGAAUCAAAUAUUGUUGCUUACAAUUGCUUGGUGGACGCACUCUGCAAAUCUGAUGAGGUGGAUGCAGCCAUCAAAUUACUUCACAACAUGAAACUGAAGGAUGAUUUUACUUACACAUCACUAGUCCAUGGUCUAUGUAAGGUGGGUAGGUAUCAUAUGGCAUCCAAAUUCUUGCGGAUCUGCUUGCGUGAAGGGAACAGUGUUCUUGCAUCUGCAAAGCGUGCUGUCAUCGCUGGCCUUCGUAGUGCAGGGUUUCAGAAUGACGUGAGGAAAGUUCGGGCAGCAUUACGUAUGGCUAGGCUGUUAAAACCAUAAUCCAAGUCCAAGGAAAACAGUCUUCAACUUCACUGGGUGGUCCUGCAGAAUCGAGAAGAUCAAUUGAGCAGACAAACUGAAAUUUGGAGAUGAUCCUGCAUUGAGAUGAAUUUCAAACAUCCAGUUCUUGUCGCAUAAACUGGAGGAAGGAAAGUAGGAUCAUGCUAUUGUUGACGGGUGUUACUACUCUUAUACAUCAGCUCUUGGAGAUACCAUAUUGGCUGGCAAUGUUGCAGUAUGUAAUCAGCGUUGUCACCCUUAGAACCAAGCAUCAUUUGAAAUUAUACAGCAGGAGAAGAUGCAACAUGUGAUCACUAGCUGGCAAGUGGUCAUGAUGCCAGCGCAGUAUACGCAGGAAGUGAUCUUUGCCUGGUCCGCGCAUCACCUUGGAUGUGAAUAUUAUUUGGAUGGCGCUGAUAAAAUCCAAGUGAUUAUUAGCAUUCCAAAGUUUCAAUAGAGGUGAUCGGUGUGAUGAUUUGAUCAGGAUCCUGUUGCUCCAGACAUGAUGUGCACACUGCAGUAUAAGAUAGCAAAAUGCAAAUAUUGGUACUUAGUACACAACAGUCCAUUUGUUCAUCAUUUUUGCUUCGUUGUUUAAUUCUUGUGAAGCGGCAGAAAAAUAAUCUUUUUUUGGGAAACGUCAUGUAACAGCAUUAAGCCGUUUGAAGAAAGUAUGUAUGCCAAUGAAAGAAACAUUAACAACAUAAUCGUGUUUCUGCUA